ACUACAUUGGCAUCGGCGCUUGAGUGACACAAACAAGGUUUAAGGACAUUUCCAUGUCCUCCACAUUCUGGAGGAAAAAUGGACAACACAGGCUAUUGUGGCGAGAGCUUCAACAGCCUGCAGAGCGGAACCAGCGAUGAGGACAUGGUGGAAAUCACAGGAGCCACACUGGACUUCUCCAUAACUAAAUAA